AGUUUGAUAAUUUCAAUGUUCGUAUGAGGUGUAUUUAUAUAUUUUUUAAAUUAAAUUUUCAAUACGUGAACAAUGGAAGGUAACAAACGAAAAAAGGCAAAGAAAAAAGAAGAAAAACUUACACAUUCCAGUAAAAAACGGAAUAUUAAGGAUAUUGAGGCAGGAAAGAAGUUAAAUUGUUGUGCUAUUACUCUGACAGUAAUAUCCAUCAUCGCAGCAGCAAUAGCAUAUCAUGUAUACACAGCCGUGUUUCAUACACCGGAGUUGCCCGCUGUUGACCUAGACGUAUGGUGGGGCCCUAACCACACGAAGCAUAGUCGAGAUACAUCCAUUAGACCGUUCAGGAUUGUAUUUAGUGAUGCUAUGCAAGAACAGCUUGUGAGAAAAUUUGAUCACCACCGUCGCUUAGAGCAACAGAAGUCUUUCAACGACACUGCGUGGACGUACGGCGUGCAUUCCUCGGCGCAGGAGCAAAUAUUCUCCUUCUGGCAGUACAAGUAUAAGCCAAAGGAGCGAGAACGUUUCUUCAACAAGUUUGAUCACUUUAAAACUAAUGUGCAGGGCUUGGACUUGCAUUUCAUGCGCGUUCGACCUGAAACUGAAAAUAUUAAGGUCCUCCCUAUAAUGUUGCUGCACGGCUGGCCGAGCUCAUUCCGCGAGUUCUACGAAGUGGCGCCUCUGUUGACGACUCAACGACCCGGCUACGACUUCGUGUUUGAGGUUAUCGUCCCCAGUUUACCGGGAUUCGGGUUUUCACAAGGUGCUGUUAGACCCGGUUUGGGUCCUUUUCAAAUGGCAAUUGUGAUGCGAAAUCUAAUGAACCGUCUAGGCUUCACCAAAUACUACAUCCACGGCGGGGAUUUCGGCCACGUUAUUGGCUCAAUAAUGGCUACACUCUUCCCCAAUGAGGUCCUAGGCUUCCAUUCCAGUAUGCCUAUGACAUUAUCCAAGCCUGCGGAACUUGGACGUCUGCUGGGAGCUAUUUGGCCAACGUUUGUCGACGCUGAACACUGGCAGAAGAUGUAUCCGUUAAAGGAGAAGUUAGAGUUUUUGAUUGAAGAGACGGGGUACAGUCAUUUACAGGCCACGAAACCGGAUACAAUUGGUAUAGCAUUAAACGAGUCUCCACUUGGAUUGGCAACUUACAUACUUGAUAAAAUCAUGAUAUACACCGACCCUGAGAAUAAGUUCCUUAAAGACGGAGGUCUGUCCAAGUAUUACAAUGGCAGUAUGAUAGAUUUGAUCGAUAAUGUGAUGGUGUACUGGGUCAGCGAAAGUAUAACGACUUCGAUGAGAAUCUACAAGGAGUUGUCUAGAGUAGAAUUAACGUUGGAGCAGAUCCCAACAUCAGUGCCAACAUGGUUCUUAUGUUUAAAGAACGAAAUGUUUUACAACCCAGAAUUUUUACUUCGUUGGAAGUAUCCAAAUCUCAUAGGCACCACGACUCAUAAUUUCGGAGGACAUUUUGCUGCAUUAGAAAAACCCCAAGAGUUGGCUGAUGAUAUUUUCUUGGCUGUAAAAAUCUUUAAGAAAAUAAAGUUUGAAAUGUAGAUCUACCAUCUUUACAAUUGCCUACGUUUAUAAAAACCAAUAGUUACCUUGAGACUGCGUUGUCGGCAGGUUUGGAAGUGCGUUGCUGGCCUAUAAGAUGGGUGU